UGACCGAAGAUGAACGAGUCAUUACCUGAAAUAGUAAUACGAGUGAUGGAGUUGAUUGCCAACACCUGCGCGUGUUGAUCAGCGGCGGCACGUGCGUGGUCUUGUUGCCCUCGAGCUCUCAGCGGAGAGAAAAGUUUUGACUGGUUUCGUUGUUUAUAAUGGAAAAACAAAUGCCGAUGUCAGCCGCCCUUCGUUACUUGCGCACUGCUCUCUUACUGCUGCUGGUCACCUAUGGCUGCCCGCUGGUCAGAUCGUCUCCGGCCACCUCCAACGCGCUGCACAAACUGGGCGACUACACGUAUCCGUACGGCAGCAUCUUCUCCCCGCUGCUCAAAGCCCUGUCAGAGCACGGGGGGCCGAGGUGGGACCCAGGCCUGAAGAAAAAGAUGAAACCGGAGCACAAGUACAUCAAAUAUCUGACCGAGGUUUACAAGAAGUCCCCAAGGGUGCAGCGGAGCUUGGAGGGGAAUAAAAUCUACAACACAGUCCGGCUGAUCAAGCCGCACGAUGAAUGUCCUGCACAAAGUAAUAAAGAAAGUUUUAUGCAGGAUCUUUCCUACAGCCUUGAUCAAGUACGAAGAAAAGAACAGCUCCUAAAGUCGGCUCUGCUGUACAAUUUCGACCACGACCGUGCAGCGCCCAUGAACUCUGUGUGCUACCUGAGAAUCGAGAGGCAGGAGCAGUCGAACCAGUGCCAGCUGUGUCCUGUAGUCCACCACGCUGUGAACUUCACAGCCAAUGCUGACAGGAGGAGCAGGAGGAACUGGGUGGAGGUUGACGUCACCUCAUUUGUCCAGCCUCUCUUAAAGUUUCAGAAGAAGAAUAUACACCUACUCAUCAACAUCACCUGCCCAGAGGAACAAAGAGCCCGGGCCGCUGGGCGUAAAGCCCCACUGGAGUUCACCCUGAGGCCGCCUCCGCUGCUUCUUUAUCUCAAUGACACCAGCAAAAUCACUCACCAGAGGUUACCGGUAAAUGGCAAUCCAGGUGAAAGGCCAAGCACUGCAGCGAACACAUUUCACAAGCAGAUGGUGCCAAAACCAGAGCAGAGGUUUGGGCGCAAGAGGAGAUGGAAGAGGGAAUCUCCAAAGAGCAAACGAGGUGAUAAAAGCCUGGAUAUCCACCUGCCCGAGCUUCUUCCAAGCUCUGAAUUCUCGACAAGUGACUGUGCCUUGUAUGAUUUUAGGGUGCGAUUCAACCAGCUCAAGCUUGAUCACUGGAUCGUUUUUCCUCCAAAGUACAACCCCAGGUACUGCCGAGGCAUCUGCCCGAGGACCAUGGGCUUCAUCUACGGUUCACCGGUCCACACCAUGGUGCAAAACAUCAUCUACGAGAAGCUCGACUCCUCAGUGCCCAGGCCCUCGUGUAUUCCCUCCCACUACAGCCCCCUGAGUGUCAUGAUCUUUGAAGAGGACGGAUCCUAUGUCUACAAGGAAUUUGAAGACAUGGUUGCCACCAGGUGCACAUGUCGCUAAGCCAGUUACCAACACAUGUCUGAUUUUGUUCUUCUUUUACAGGCUGGAUAAAACAUCACCACAAAGCCCCUCGACAGUCAAACAGGACUCUACCUCCGAGUGUCUCCUCAUCAUCAAAGUAUCAGAUAUUCUGACCGGGCUCAGUGAUUUCAUGAAUUUAUAAAAUUGUUGUGUAGAAUCUGGAGCAGGUGUGUUUACUUAAACAAAAAGUAUUUUAUCCUAAUGAAAAAUGUGGAAAGGUGACAUUUAUUUCCUUUUUGUUAAGGUGAGACGAGAGAGGGUGCAAAUGCAGCCUAUUGCUCAACUUACUGUUUGCAAUGUUGUACUGAGUCUGACACACUUGAAGAAGAAAAUGUGUGAUGUAUGAUUUUUUUAAGUUAUUUUUUGUUAACUUAUUUUGGGUGGGUGGUCUGUCAUUAUUCUUUCUUUAAUUUAACACAGUUGCCAAGUUUUAAGUAGCCCUGUUGUGGAGAAAAGAUGGAAAAGCAGUCACAAACCAUUACCAAACCUUUUACAUAUUGUUUUAUUCCUGGGGAUUACAGACAGCUGUCUGAAUGGCACCUGUCACCAUAAUGUCCAGAAUGAAAGUUGUCAAGGUUUCAGUGUGUAUUAACUACUUCUGGUCACUGAGUGACUGCAUACAUAUGAAUUGACUGCAUACUUCUGACUUUGUACUGGUUGAAUGUGACUAAAUGCAUUUCAUGUCUAUUUAUACAAAUUGAAUGAAUUCACUGUGUGUCUGUGCUCAGCUUAGGGAUAUUCAAAAGAAUGAAAAUAUGUAGACAUAUUCUCUGAAAAGUUGGAAAAUAAAAAAAUUGCAGGCAUAAAUGUUGUCUUUGUC